CAGCAGAAAACCAGGAGCGGAAGCUCGGGCGGGGCGCGGCCGCGGCGCACUGGGCAUGCUCGCCCCGGCGGGCGGGGAGGGGACUGGAGGGCCGGGCUGCUCGCCGUCGGUGCUGGAGAUCCUGGACACGGCGGGCACCGAGCAGUUCGCGUCCAUGCGGGACCUGUACAUCAAGAACGGCCAGGGCUUCAUCCUCGUCUACAGCCUCGUGAACCAGCAGAGCUUCCAGGACAUCAAGCCCAUGCGGGACCAGAUCAUCCGCGUGAAGCGGUACGAGCGCGUGCCCAUGAUCCUCGUGGGGAACAAGGUGGACCUGGAGGGCGAGCGCGAGGUCUCCUACGGCGAGGGCAAGGCCCUGGCCGAGGAGUGGAGCUGCCCCUUCAUGGAGACAUCGGCCAAAAACAAAGCCUCGGUGGAUGAGCUGUUCGCCGAGAUCGUGCGGCAGAUGAACUACGCGGCGCAGCCCAACGGCGACGAGGGCUGCUGCUCGGCCUGCGUGAUCCUCUGAGGCGCCCGCGGCCCCCGAGCGCUGGCCAUGCUGUGCGCACAAAAGCCAAACGCAUCCGACUCUAGAUGUGAUUUUUGUUCUUGUUUUGAGAUUGGAGACGACUUUGCAUUGGUCGGGGUGUCCCGGGAGCCCUACUGGUUUCCGCGGCCAGCAUCCCCUACCUUCUUCACCCCUUGUCUGAGGGGGUUGUCCGGUCCUGACCAUCUGAGACCCUGCUGGAAAUGUGGCUCUUUGCGACAUGUACGUUUCUCAUUGAUUUUUGGUUGACGCAUAUUUCCCCAUUUAAGUAGCCGUUAGGGGAUUGUAUUGGCAGCUUGACACCAGGCGAGCAAAAGUUUCAGCUUGGAAAAAACGGGGGUUGGGGAGGUGGGGGAAGUGAAAGGGAAGAAGGUGGAAGGGGGGACCCCCCCCCCCGCCUCUUUUGUUGUCAACAACUGUUUUCUGUUUCCAAGUUUAAAUACUCGGAAGGAAGUCCGGGAAAAGCAUAUGAAGGAGCAGGAGGAGAGGAAGAAACUUUUGUAGGGUUUUUUCCUUAUUUUCCAGGAGUAGCUGGAAAUUAAAAUCGGGUUUCUUUUCUACCGGCUUGGAAGGGCAACCCUGUGACUGACUGCGAUUCUGAGGAUGUCUAUGCAAAGUUGGAUUCUUGUUACAGUGUAUCCAAUCUGAAGUAUUGUGCAUCUGAACUGGGACUGUUAGCACUGAUGCCAAUGCAGUGUGGGGUGCCAGAAAGUGUCUGCUGAUAUUUGUGGAAAAAAAAUCUAUUUUGUUUACCUACUGUAUCAAAGGGGAGUCUGGGGGAGAAUGGUAGUAUUUUUUUUUAUCAGCUGUGAAAAAAAAAUGUUACAGAUCUGCACAAUUUUGUGUGUACUAUUGUGUGUGUGUGUGUGUUUCAAGUUUAGCUUGUUUUUCUUUUCCCUUUUGGUUGGCAGUAACAGAAUUUUAAAGACUAGCUUUUAAAAAUACCAUACAAAGACUUCGUAAAUGCGCUUCAGGGCCCCCAGCACCCCUGUCUGCAGAGUGCCUUCAAAACUCAGCUGUUCCAGCCGGUGCCAACCUGUGAACCUCCCACCGUAUCCCAGAAUCUGCUGCCCCCCCCAGACCACUCCCCAGUUUCAGUAAUCUUCCUGAAGGAGCCAGGACAAUAGGGCCUGUUGUUCAGUGAAUUGCUUUAUCGUUUUUAGCAUUUUAAAAUGUCCAUAUCUUGCAAUGUUUUUCUUCCUUUCAUUUUGUUUAAAUUUCAGGUAUUUAGUUCCCAUUUUAUAUUUUUAAAUGUUUUGAUUCUCUCUCAAAGGGUAUUCCUCCAGAAGCAAAGAGCAAAUUUUCACCGUUGUGAUGUACCAAGAGCAUUCUCAUUGUAAUUUUUAAUUCCACUCCUUUAAUCAUUGUCUCUUCAUUUUAAGACUUUUAAUACAAACAUCAUUUUUAAAGAAACAACCCCAGAACUAUUGUUUGUGUUUCUGUACUUCAUAUUUAGUGGUUUACAGUGUCAGUAAUAAUAGUAUCGCGGCUGAGGUGGACAGGGGCAGGUGAAAGAUGUCCUCAGAGAGUUGUCAAAUUUUGAAGACAUAGCUCAGUGACAGGUUGGGUAAGGUUUCCAACUUCUGGAAUAGGAAGAAAAUCCUCAGUGUCUAGGAAGCCCUGGGUUUGGCUAUACAGCCUGACUACAAGAUGAGAAGGUACAUUGUGAUUUUGUUCUGCUGACACGGAGCUGUUUAUUCCACUGUAAGUAGGGAAAGGGAGAAACCAAAUUCUAACAUUGCCUUAGCUCUAGGAACGUAACCAUCCAUUUGGCAAAGCAGGGUGGCACUUUUUGGUUUUUAGUUGUGUAUGUCGCACAUCAAGUCUGAAGUAUGGGAAGCAGAGCUUCUAAUUCUGUCUUACCUUGUAGUGCAUUCUGCAGUGUCUCUAUAGGUUAUAGACAAUAUUGCAACCGUUUCAAGGUUUUCAUCUGGAAACAUGGUUAGAUUAUUAAAAAAAAAAAAAAA